AUGGCAGUUUUCAAAUGGCUACUAAGGACAAUUCUUGCUGGAGCAUUUAUCCUUGGAGGUGCUGUCAAGCUCAUGCCAACGAUUCAUGAAGAAGCCUAUCAGCAUAUGGACAAGGCAUUUGCUCAGUUUUUCGAUUUCCUGCCAUUCGAACGUAUUAGCUAUCCUACUAGCCAUAAACAGUUAUUACAAGUUACCGGAAUGACUGAAGUAGCCUGUGGUACAUUCAUGUUUAUUGGGCCUGCUUUCCUACGAGCCCUUAGCAGCAUGAUCUUGAUGGGCAUUAUCAGCGCCGUCAUGUACAGCAUGCAUUCGCUGAAACAUCCUCAAGAACAUUUUAUCCCUGUUGGCGUAUUGUUCGGAUUGCUAUUUUUGGAACGAAUGUUUAGUGGUGGCUCCGAUAGUAGCUCGGCGAAAAAGCAAAAGUAUCAAUAA